AUGUGCAGAGCUUGGAGACAAAUUUUGUUCCCCUUACUGCAAUAGAGUGGUGAACAUGCAUGAAGCACUCUUGACCCAAGAAUUGAGUGUGAUCCGCUUCACAUUUGCUACCUUUGCAGGCUUGCAAGAAGAGUUUUACCGAUCAAAAACUGAGGUUGCAACAUUCAAAGCUGUGUUUGAAAGCUUCUACAGGGAACAAUACGUAGCAUCGAACGGAAUAGAUGCAUUUGUAGAUAUUCUAAACCUUGAAGAGAAGAAAAGGGAUAGAAAAUCAUCACCACACAGAUUCUUCUUGUAUUCCACAAUGAUGCCGAAUAUCUGUUACGACGAGGAGAAAUACACAGACAACCAACGACUCAAAAUAUUUGCCUCGAAUUUUGAAGACAUGUUAAAUAGAUAUGAGGUAAAAAAAACUUGAAUCGGUUGACCUGGUGUUUAUUCCGGUACUUCAAGGUGACCACUUCUAUGUCUUGUGCUUCAACUUAAAAACCGGCAAAAUUGAGCUGAUUGACAAUUCAGCUGCAAAA